ACAAUUUUUAUGCCUUUACGCACUGUUUACAGAGCGCACUCAGAUAUCUCUCUCGUUUUUUCUCUCUAAUACGCGCUCUCGAUUUAGGCCAAAUCUCCACCUGGUGCUGUUGUGACUUUUGUGUUAUCAGAAAUGCUUGGAUGCUGGUCGGUGGCAGACGUCCUUCGUCCUUGACAGAGUUUGACCGCAGGCGAAUGCCAGUCAGUUUGCUGCAAAUAGUUUAAAGUGCGAAAACGUCUCGGUUGAAUGAAAAAAUUUAAAGUUUCGCUCACAAUAUACAUACACACGGUGGCCAAGGCACGAAAUGUGAAAAGAAUCAAACAAAAGCGAAUAUCGGCCAAGUCUUAGUUUGUUUUUUUAUAUAUAUUUUUUAUAAUUAAGACAAAGCAGCUAACAAAAGACAACUGAAGCAUUCUAAUGAAUACCUAAGUAUACACACACACAUACACAUACACACACGCAUACUUAUCCACUUCAAUGUGAAAAGAAAAGUUGUUUUAGGUCAAACAAAAGAACAAAAAAAUAAAAAGAAAACUUCCAAACGUUCGCAAAAAAAUCUGACAAAAUGAAAAUCUGUUGGAAAAGCGUUUAAGGCCGCCCAGGAAAAUUAAGAAUCAAUUAAAGCUGAGACGCCGUUGCAUCCGUUGAUGAGGAGCUGGUGGUGCUGUGCUAUAAAUACACCACAGGGCGAGACGUCAAUGUGGCUGUAAGAAUGCCAUCGCGUCGCAGCGGUGGUGUUGGCACCACAAGGCGCAAGCACUCGCUGGGCAACCUAAGACGAGCCCAUCCGGCCUCGGGUGCCACAUGGAAUGUGCAGGUGGUGCGCGGCAAGAUGUCCUCGAAGUGCUUGUGGCACGCGUGUCGAGCGCUAAUCCUGGGCCUGGCCUUGAUGCUGGUGGGCGCCGGCAUGGCCACGCUUGGCUACUAUGCGGAUCAUCUGUCGAUGGGCUCAGAGCUGCGCGGCAAUGUGACGGUGCGCGUGAAGAACGAUCUGAAGGGCUUCCAUUUGAACAAUUUCGCCUAUGUGGGACCCAUUGUGAUGGGCUUUGGCGGCUUCAUUGUGGUGGCCUCCUGUGUGAUGACCUUCGAGGCGCGAGACUCGGCGGCUAAGGUGGUGCCAGCCAGACUACGAGCCGGCGCCGGUAGCUGCAAUAAAACGACCACACGCAGCAAUCAGGGCAGCUCCGCCUCUCAGCGCCGAGGCAUGGGUGCUCAAUAUCAGUCAACGCGCUGGGAUCAGCAUUUCGGCGUUUUUCGCUCCUCGCCUGGCGACCCACAUCAGCAGCUGCAGGCGGUGGCUGGUGCACCCAGCUCUGGUCAAACGCAGGCGCAGCCCUUCGAUCGCGAAGCUCUCACCGCCGAGCUCAUCAACUUCUCCAAGUCACUCAGCGCAUCCGCACGCUUCUCGCCAAAGCUGCGUCGCCUCACGUUCACAGGUUCCGUGCCCGAUUUGUCCACCAUCCAUGCAAACGCUCAUCCAAACGCCUGCCUCGACACUAAUCACUCCAAUCUGUUCAUGCCGCUGGAACAACAAUUGCAACUGCAACAACUACAACAAUUGCAACAACUGCACCUGCUACAACAACAACAAUACUGCUGCAAACGGCAUCAUCAUCAUCAUCGCCAUCACCAACACAAACAACGCAAACAACAACAACAAUCCUGCUCGAGCAGCAGCGUUCGCCGUGUGCGUCCAAGCCGCAGCUCGGCGGGCAGCGGCUCAGUGGGCUUGGCUGGGGGCAUUGGCGGUGCCGGUGGCUCCAAUGCACGCCUCAUCAGCAACUCAUCCAGUUUGAUCCAGCGCGCUACUAGGGAGCACUCCACCUGUACGCUGCUGCAGCCGCCUGCAGCGAGUCGCGUCUACUGGCAGGCCUCGUCCUUUGACGCCGGCAUUGCGGCCACCCACAGCUCGGCCGGCAGCGAGAAGCGUGCCGAGCGUAAUAAACGCUCGGAUACGGCCAAGCGGCAUGUGCUGGCGCGCCAGCGACCCAUCGAGCACGAGGAGGCGGCGCGGGAUCGCUGCAGUCCGCUGGGACACAGGCGCAACUCUACCAUGUCGGAUUCUUCAUACAGCGGCCGCUGGACGGCGCGUUGUGCUUCGGUGGCGAGUCGCACCUCGAGCAUUGAUUCACGGCGCGUUCAGGUGGAUCUGCAUAGUCCGGAAGUGCUGCCCAAGUCGAUACUGCGCUCGCCCAAGCGCUACAGUUCCGGUCCCUCGGCAACGCCAUCCGUUGAUAAGGAGUUCCGCAGCCAAUUGUCUGUGUGCUCAGAGCCGCCUCCCCCCGUGCGUCAACUGUCUGGACAAUCGAGCAUGGAGCCGGCUGUGCCGGAGGAGAGUGUGGAGAUAAUCGAUGAGCGUAUGCCCAUGGAGUGUGUCAGCAACAGCAACAACAACAGCCUCUGCAAUGUCUCCUACAACGAGAUAACGGAGCUGGUGCAUCACACACACAGCUUGCCGAUGAAGAAACAGCGGCCCGACUUUCUGCCAUUGGACAGCAGCGCAGAUCCGAAACAGCAUCAAGAGCAACAACAGCAGCAGCAGCAGCAGAAAUCCAAUCCAUCGACGCUCUAUAGAAGCAACAGCUCUCGACAGUUCUAUCGACCGAAGCCGGCCAUUGCCAAGGAUCGGGAUGAUUCGGUAUUCUAUAUACGCUCGCUGGAGCGCGGCGGCAGCUCUGCGAGCAACGAUGAGCACAUGUACGACUCGUUGAAGGUCAUCAAUGAGCGCCGUUCCACGCUGCUAAAGGCGGAUUCACAGAGCUCGCUGGGCUCCGCGGAGCGUAAGCUAAGCAGCUUUUCGCUCAAAAUGCCAGACAUAACGGAGCGCGAGAAUUCUAUAGAUAUAGAGGAGGGACCUCCACCGCCUCUUCCGCCACCUCCGAUCACAACGCAGCCCAAGUUGGCUGAAGACUCACCAAGAGAAGAGCUUGAGCAAAUCCAAAACGCAACCUAAACAAAUCGAGAUUAAUGUAGAUAAUUAUAAAUGUGUCUGCUGUAUUGAUAAGGUGUAUUGAAUAUGUAGUAACCGCUAGCCAACGACAGUUACUUUAGCACAGAUCUAUUAUUAUGUAAUGUUCGACGAUAGAUGCGAUUUUUGAUAAAAAUGCAAUCCAAAUUGUGACACCGAAAAUUGAAUUUAAGUUUAGCAUAGAAACCGUCUAAAUACGAUCUCAACAAAACUACAAAUUCUUCCCUUCGUUUUCUAUGAAAAAAACAUCUAAAAAGAGUGUUAGCUGUGUUAUAUAACGAUUCUAACUAACUACGUAUUGUUAUCUGUGUUGCCAUAGGCGCUAAUCGAUGUAUUGAAGAACAUAAAAAACAAGCAAAUAAUAACUAUUUUAUAUGUCUAUGUGUUAAAUUGUUAAUGAACUAAAGAGGAAGGUAGAGUCGAUAAAUAUUAUAUUGUUAUAAUUUCGAUGAGCUUGUAAUAAGUAAGCUCUACAAAUCUAUAUCCUGUUUCCCGUUUCCUGUUUCCUCUAUGUAAACUAUCUAAAACAAAUUUCAUGGAAUAGCUAUUCGAAAUUGUAUAUAAGAUACUAUGUAAUAAUGCAAUCAGCUUACAAGCGAAGACUGAUGUUUCGUAAAUUUAUGUUCUAUACGAAGUUCUCAAUGGAAAAUGUCAAUUUUUGUUCAAAUACAAUGAAAAGCAAUAAGGAAUUAGAAAAGUAAUAUAUAAAGCACGGAGUGCAUAUGUGGGCAACGAAAAGCUGAUCAUAAUUGCAA